AUGAAAAAAAGAAAGCUGCGUGACCUAGAAGCAGCGACUAUGGCCACCCGCGGUGUGUCCUUACACGAUGUCUCAAUUGCUCUACGACCAUUUUAUUUUGCUGUCCACCCAGAUAGAUUUGCUCGAAAUCCCAAAGCCAGAGCACAAAAUGAAAAGUCACUACAGUUGUUUCAAAGCUGUGGAUCCUGUGCGUUCAGUUAUUUGCGAAAGAAGAAGAGGCAGAGUGCUAGAAAUGACUUGAGAUUCGUGUUGAGGAACUCGCGGGAUGAUGCCAUCCGUAAAUCGAAGCAGGCUGAGUGUGUAGUUUGGCAAAUGGAUUGGGCCGAAUCGCACAUGAGGAGAUGCUUGGCCAAUUUGAACAGACUUCUUGAUCAUGCGUUACCCGUUGACAAAGAGAGUAUCAUCCAUUCUCUCUACAAAAACGUGCUAAGAUUUGGACGGGGUUCUUUUGUUUGCUGUGAUGGUUCAGUUCAGCUGGGGGCCGAUCAUGUGCCCGAACAAUGGGAGCAGGUCAGAUUUUCUGCGAAUUCUCACGUUUGUCUUAUCUCUCUUUUUCCUGGCUUAUCAAAGCAGACUCUUGUCACGUUUCGUAAUUUAACAUUGCUUUCAUAUGCGGUUUGCUUAGAGGCUUCCGUACGCCGAGCACAGUUACCGCAACUGCGAGAGGCGGCCGCUGAUCUGCGUCAGUUACUUGGAGGAGCCCUUGUUAUCGUCCCUCAUCAUAAAGGUCUUGCUCAAACUCUUCAGCAGAUUCAAACACUAAGCUUGAGAGUGCGCAGCAGAGAAGAUCUGUUAGCUGACUUGGCUACGCAUGGAAAGGGCACAAUGAUUGAGGUUCAUAUUUGGCGUUUUACGCAAAGUCUGUAUCGCCUUAAUGACCAGGUUGUGACUUCGUAUGAUGAGCUCGCCGUGGGCCAAGAUGGUCGUUUGCUGAUCCCUUGCAAUGUCGAUGUUCCCUCAUUUUGUGCGUUUUUAAAAGACUCCGCCGAAACUUCUCGUUCUAUGAAUAGGACUAUGCUUCAGAAAUUGGUUGGUUUCCUACAUGUUCAUUAUAGACAGACGGAGCUUGAGAUAGAUUGCUUGGAUUGCCAACGUCAGCUUGGCCUAUUGUCCCUCGAAUGGGACCAGGGACUCCGCCUUGACGAAGUGCUUGAAUGUGUACGACGGCUUCGCAAUAUUGAUGGGGAAGGGAGGAAAAAUCUUCGUGGAUUAGGUUUAAAACUCUCGUUGAAUCCAAACGUUUUUGUGAUGAAUGACGGUCGCAUAUCCAUUCCUCUGAAUUGGAUUUGA